AUGGCCGUCGCCUCGACGCCGCUCGUCGCGGCACCAUCGUGCCCGGCCUGGGCGAAGCAUCGUCGCGGGCGCCAGCCGCAGUUCGACGGCAAGCCGUGCGAGCCUGCUAAGGAGGAGGACAUGUGGCUGUGCCUGGCCGACGGCCGCGCGCGCAGCACCGCCGACCUGAAGCGCCUGGCGACAGCCGCUCGGGUGCGAGCGAAACGAGCAAGAGAUGCAGCCGCCGCGAACACGCGCGAUCGGCAGGCGCGCGACCAGCGCCGCCGGCAGCGUGAGCAGCACGACCGGCGCGCAGCGCCGGCGGUCGCCAAGACCGUGCGCCCACAACGCGGCCAGUGCGGCUGCCCGGCGCACGCGGUGUGCGGCAU